CAAACGCGUUCGUGAUACGUGUCGCAUAUUCAGGAAGGGAAUCAUCGCUUGACACAACGCUAAAAUCGUAUCAUCGACGUCAACGGAAAUUAUCUAUAAUUUUCAGUUCUUGCCAAUGGAAAAAGAAGCUCAUGCAGCUCCCCGGAACGAUUCUUCCGACCACGAUGGUAGUUCUGCUGUAAAACGCUUGAUGUUGAUUCUUGCAAGAUACCCAGAUUUUAAAGCAAGUCUACUGGAACUUCUCGAGAAACAAGGCCUUCAUCCCAAAGAGUCGCGAGAAAUCAUUUCCAAAAAUCCAAGAUGUUUCGUUCUGGAAACUGAAAUAGUUCGAGCAAGACUCCAGCUGGAUUUCUGUCCGUCACAUUGUGGGCUCGAAGGCUGUCAGAAACUGGGUUCCUGUAACAAGCUCCAUAUAUGUCCAAGGUAUGUCCACAAAUUGUGCUCAGAAAAGCAGUGCUUUCUAGGUCAUACAUGGCGGACAAACCACAACAACAUAGUCUUUAUGCAGAUUCACAUUGACACUCUCCCGGUAGCCAUCAUCCACAUGCUAGUAAAAUCAACAACGAGGCCACCUCAAUUAAACAUCUGCAGAAAGUACAAUAAAAAGCAAUGCCACAACCCCCACUGUGAUGAACUCCACAUCUGUGCAAAGUCUAUCCUGGAAGCGAGUAAUCCCCAUAAGAAAUGCCAACUAAAUCAUAGUCUGAUGACUCAACAGUCCCAGUUCCUAUUUAGAAUCCAUGGUAUAGCGACAAAUGACUCAUUAAAAGAUGUUAUAGCCAGUUUGGUAAGUACCAGCCCUGAUUCAUCUGCAGAUUCCAAACCUGUAACACCACCUCAGGGUCAAAAGUGUGAUAAAGUAAAAGAAAAUGAAAAUUCAAUUGGUACACCCUCGAUAGAGCAGAAGGUGCCGAAAAAAGCAAGUCCAGUAGAUACCAGCCCAACCUCAUCCGCAGAUUCAAGCCCUGUAAAGCCUGCUGCAACAAACGAGCAGUUAAACGAUGUACAACUCGAUGAUCCAAAAGGGGUAGUUAAAGAUGCAAGUUCAGACGAAACCUGCGAAAAGGAACCUGUCAAAACUAAAGACUAUUCGAGUUAUAAGACUUGUUGGUCUGUUGAUGUCCUUGGGAAUGUUGGCAUUCACGAAAUAUGCUACAAUUCUGUAGAAAGUCUUUGUGCAAAGGAAGCCACUGGUUGUCCUCGACUCCAUUCCCCCGAGCAUUUCCACUGGCAGAUUAGCGAUUUAGUUUCCCCCAAUUGGUAUAACCUCCCAAUUCUCCAUGCUAAAUGUCUUGAGAUUUCUUACUGUGAUCCAGCACAAGAUAAUGUUGCUCUGCCUCGCUUGGACCCAUCAACACAAAGUCCUCCCAUUGAUGGCUUGCUGUGUAUGUUAGGCCGGGAUGUUUGGACAGCAGACUUCCAGAAAUUAGAACUUACAAACUCUUCGCAAAAUAAGAAACUGCAAUUGCGAAGGCUUUGCACUGAGCCCGUUGCGGAUUUAAACAUCAUGGCAAGAAAUCAUAUCUGGUACUUUCUAGAUAACAGCAAUGCUUGGAUUCCAUAUGGGAACAACAUAGGAAAACCUUAUGCUGAAAGCUUGUCAGCGAAGAUUGAAAAGCAUUUUUCCCAGAAGCUGCACAAGAAAAUAAAAGUGGUUGUUAAUCACCAAACCUAUAUUUUAGACUUCCUCACAAUGAGGCAGACAAAUAAGGAAACGAACAAAGUCCGAGACGUUCGCCGGCGACCUGGGCAUCUUGAAGAAGAGAAGAAUACAUCAUCCUUAUUCCCCCACACAUGGAAAUCCAUGAUCCUUGAACAGCAGAUGGUACAAAUUCUUUUAUCAACAUCAUCUAGUGAAUACCAGAAAAUAGCAGCCCUUAUUCAGAAACCACUUGCCACAAAAGGCUUGAAGAUUCUGAGAAUCAGACGAAUUCAGAAUCCUCAACUGUGGCGGAAUUUCCAACGCGCGAAAAAAUCACUGAAAGCUGAUUCCAGAUUCUCCUCAGUUGAGGAUCUCCGAGUAUUCAAGAAAACUCGGAGUUCAAUUAAGGGUAGUGUAUGUUCAUCCAACUUUGAUUGGAAAGAUCAUGAGGCUACUACAGAGAUGAAAUAUGGACAGGGAGUUCAUUUCUACAUAGACCCAUCUGUGGCAUGCAAUAACAUUGAGGAUUAUAGGGUUAGGUUUCGCUAUCUGUUCGUCGUGCGUGUCUUGGUGGCCUCCAAAACGAUGAGUCCCAUACUGCAACCUCUGUUAAAGGUUGAUACCAUUGUAGACAACACGUCCAAUCCUUCAGUUAUCGUUAAAUGUGAUAAGAAUCAAUACUAUCCUGAAUAUCUGGUCACAGUGCAUUCUGUGAUUUAGAAUUGUCUCUUAUCACUAAAAAUU